UGUGAAUGUGUAUGUGAUUGUGCCCUGCAAUGGACUGGUACCCUGUCCAGGGUGUACCCUGCCUUGUGCCCGAUGCUGCCUGGGAUAGGCUCCAGGUUCCCCGUGACCCUGAAAAGGAGUAAACGGUAGAAGAUGGAUGAAAAAUAAGGCAAUGAAGUCAGAACCUAAGUCAGCAAACAAGAUCAAAUCAGGCUGAAAUGUUACAGGUCAGGCUAUAAUCUCAACAUGGCAGUCUAUAAUUUUGUCUUCUUCUACCCCUAACACACGGACAAAAUGGAGCAGAAUUAUUAUUAUUAUUAUUAUUAUUAUUAUUUAUUAUUAUUAUUAUAUAACGCUUGCUUUUCGUUCAACUGUUGGUUUUUAAAUGCAGCGAGUCCCCCUGCUGGUCACGCUGUAGUAUUACAACAACUGGGUUUUUUUGUUUGUUUGUUUUUUUUAAAGACUUGGUACCUGAGCUGGUUACCGUGGAGAGAAGUACACCACUUUGGGUAUCAGGAGCAUCGUUUUUCUGUUGCAGAUGGAAGGAAAUUCCUGUUGAGCAAUUCUUAUAGGACCGAAUGCACCUUUUCUAGGUCUGUGUUUGAUCUUGUGAAUGUGAGCCACUUUCUGGAGUUCACUGAUCCAAAGUUGCUUGGUUGGUAUGUCUCUUUACCAGAAGAAGACAGGCAGCUAAUACAAGAAGAAGGAGGACUGAUUCAGUUUCUGCAUAGACAUCCUGCUCUUGAAGUAUCUAGCCAUGUUGUUUGUUUAAAGCGGCCUGUUAUAGGAACUCCCCUUCCAGAACCUGAUAUGUCUUCAAAACUCGAUAGAUCGAGACGGGCUACUUUUUAUGGCGUGUCAGAGUGUGUAAAUUGUCGCACGAGUUGUCCAUCUGGUACUAAAAAGUGCAGACGCUGUAGCACGCUGGUCCUAAACACAGAGGAAAAUGUUUGCGUAUUAGAGGAAGAAAAGUCACUUCGGUUGCUACCAAACAACGUACGAGAGGAGCUGAAUCUCUUAAAAGCCAAAGGAGAUCUCGGUGAGGACAUGUCAGUGGGUAGUUCUCAGCAGUUUGAUAGCCUGCAGAGCACCGAAAAUAAUUUGUCCACCACUUGGAGCAACCCUUUAAACAGAUUCCAGCAACCAGAGCAGCCAAGGAAGAACUCUAGUGAUGGCCAGCUUUUGUGUCAGAUGUGGGAGGAAAGUGUGCGGUGUGAUGGGAAUGAUAUCCGAGUGUUGAAGGAUCCCUCAGCACAAGCAAGCUUUUUGCUUGACUGCGAGCUUGAGAUGCAGGGCCACAGUCAAAAUAGUGAUGAUGACCAGGUACCUCUGCUGCCAGACACCAAUUCAGAUGUUCCUAAUUUAGAAGAGGAGACUCUGCCAGAGUAUUACAGUUUUAACAGCACUACAGUGGGGCACACAUCUGCCCAGGGGAGUGAUGCCACUAAUACCUCCACGAUGGCCACUAAAGGCAGCACUGGGGCAUCUACUGCUGAUGAGCUUGUGGCCUGUGGUGCAGACAAUGGUACCUUCCCUGAUUCUGUGUCCUUCCACAGCAACUCGUCAGAGUGGACCGAUCUCUCAGAGGAUUGCCAAAAUCUCAGUAAUGAGGAUGACCUGGAAUGUGAGACAAACACAGAUGAGUAUCAUAGUCUGAUAGAAGAAGCCUCAAGCUCAGCGGCCUGUAUUAAUCCCAGCUGGUCAGCAUCUGGCCAGUGUAUGAGAGAGAGAGAAUUUACAUGUGAGGGGUGCAUUUCAUCUCCUAGCCUAAGUGAGCUAAAUGUCAAAACCACAACAGCGUGUGAGGUCUCUCCUGUUUCCCACCGUGUGAGCCAGGCAGUGGAUGCCAGCAAUGACUUUAGAGCAUGUUUUACAUCCACCGGGGCAACGGAAAUCACUCAGGACCUCUUGGCAAUGGUUCACAAAGAUGUUUCCACUGACAUGGAUUCAUGUCUUGUUAACCAGGAGACUCAGACGACUCAAAGGCCCACUUCUGAGAAAUACACCGUUACUGAAAUCUACAUGUCUGACUUGGAUGCUCUUUGUGAGGAAUUUGGGAACCUCAGAAAGAUGGAAAAAGAGCUAAUGCAUUUAAAGGAUGAAAUGACAAGAUCUGGUCCUGGCACUGCUGGAGGGCCCAAGAGUGAACAACAGAAGAGUCACUGUGGAUGUGGUGCUGUUCCACGUGCUCGAUUGGCUGAGCUGCGUCUACUGGCUCUGCAGUUUGCCAUGUGCCAGCAACAUUGCUGGAGGUGCUUCUACACAUCACCACAGGGUGAAACUUCACUUCAGGGAACCGAAGCACUGCUUGAUGCAAUGUCACAGACCCUGAAGAGCCUGGAGGACAGUUACCUAAAGAUGAAGAAGAUGAUACUAGAAGGGGUUCCUCUGGAUAAUCUCAAGCCUCUGUCUGUAGACACCAAGAGAUUAACAGCUGCAACGUGCUACAGGCCGUCUUUGAUUUAUGAGGCUUUUUUAGGUGACAGCAAGCCUGAGUUCUCUUUCAAGCCCAGUCAUCUUGAAGAUGAGGGCCAGACUAACCAGGCUGAUGAGGUAUUGAACAUAAACCUCGCAGACAGAGGACACUUCAACAAGAAUACGACAGCUCAUUGGCAUGAUUCUGCCACAUCAUCUAAAACUGCCAGCAGUAAGAGAUGUAGAGGAGGCAUGCCUGGUUCUAGCCAGCAACCAGGAGUCUCUGCUGAUCCCAAGCCUGGUGCACCCAAAGAACUCCACAGCAGUGAUGCCUGGUUUGAUGCAGAGGAAGAGCUUGGAUGUGACCGUCGGAGUUGUAAAGAAGACCAACAAACAGGGCAGAGAGAUCAAGGGAACUCAAAGAACGAACAAAAAGUGGUUGCAAACCGAAAGAAAGAUCAAUGUUUCUUGCUUUGUGUCUCAAACUUGCCAAACAGUGUUACUGAGCAUGAUCUGCUGCUUUGGUUUGCGAAGUACCAUGCCAGUCAAGUGUCCCUUUCCAAAUUUAGUAACGGGUUUGUUUGUCUUCCAUGGUUGUGCUUCUUUAGGGCUGCAGUAUUGAGUGUGAGAAACCCCAAGGAUGCAGAGGCUGCAGUAAGAGAGAUGAAUGGCCGAUCCAUUCAAGGCCACACUCUCCAUGUGGAACACAUCCUCAAGUCUCCCACAGAUAGUCAGGCCACCAUCAAAGAGUUCUGCGUUCAACUUGCCCCAGCUGCUCUUAAAGCAGGGUCUGUAGGAGAAGGGCCGAUCACGCAUAGCUCAAAUAAUAAUGUUCAUGCCUCCAGACCAUUCUGCUGCAGUCUGGAUAAGCUUACCAACAUAUGCCCUACACCCACUGCAUCUGGUACUUGUGUGCCACAGCACUACGGCACCAUGGGCAGCUUCGACACGAUUAUGGCCCAGUUAUCAGAGCGCCACCCCAAAAUGGGCAGACAGCAGAUCGUCAGUGCUUUGCUGGAGCUGAGGGCAAAGCAUCAUGGUGUCCUCAGUGGCCUUCCCCUCAGAGAAAUAGUGGGUAUGACCUCUGAACUUCUCACUCACUCCACCACAGACUAAGCAAGACAAAGGUCACAUUCUUUAUUGGUGUAUGUUUAAGUCUAUUAUUUGUGUUGGUUUGGUUCUUUUAAGGAUUUAAUAGGCAUUUCUGGUUCUUUUAGUAGCCUUGUUUAUUAUUCUGAAUUUUAUGUUUGAGGCUUAACACCCCCCCCCAAAAAAAAAAAAUUCUAUUUUGAGAGAACUUGUGUUGAGGGGAAAGAAAAUGUGCUAACUGUUCCUUUUUAUGGUUGGUUUACCCAGUUAGAAUUCAAUGGUAGAAAAUGGUCUGUUCAUUGUACAGUUGAGUGUCAGUUUAUUAGGAACACCUAGCUUGCACUUCUAGUAAUUGGCCCUUUUCAUCAAGUACACCUAACAUACAAGUGUGUGCCAUACAAUAAGUUUCUGUUCAGUUUUUCAACCACUGUCAUUGACUGACAGGAUAGAGGACACAAUAUACAAAUAACUUCUGAUUGGCUACACUCUGUAAUUAUACAUGGUAAUCUGUUAUCUUGUAGGUGUACCUACAAAAAAGGUAAUAAAUUAAGGAAUGCAUACCUAAUUAACUGGCAGCCCUCUGUGUUUAGUUUUCAGCACUAUGUAUAUAGUUGGCCAGAAAGUUGAAUAAUAUGACAACCAAUUUCCUUAUGUUCCAUUAUCAGUAAAAACAUUCUGUGCCUGAAAUCUAACUGUGAUGUGAUUAUUUCUGAACAAUUUCACUCCUGCUUAUCUAUUGUGCUGAUUUCUCAUUGCAUAACUACUAUAAUUUUUAUUUUAUUUCAUCAAGUACCAAGACAAAUCUUGGUGCAAAGGGGAAAACCUGCCAUUUCUAGGGUGAGGAUUUGCAAACUGGGAUAAUGGGAUUGGGGGGAUGUGAAAAUUGAUUGGAGUUUAAACUCAUUGAGCACUUUAUUAGGAACACUACACUAAUACCGGGUAGAGCCUCACUUUGAUCUCAAAACAGCUCCAAUUCUUUGUGGCAUGGAUCCUCAGAUCCGGCCCACGUACCGUGUGGAAUGAUGGCACUUGAAUGAUCUCCUGUUUCCCAGAUUUGGGCCACAAGCAAGCCAUAGCAAUGCUGCAUGUGCCACAUGAUGUUUGAGCCAUAUUCACUAUUUACCACAUGGGUCACUUUAGGAUCACAUCCAGAUCACACAUUGCCGUAAGCACCACAUCUUUGCCUAAAAUGGCCCACUUGUGAUUUGGGAUAUGUGGGCUACUUCAGGCUCAUAUCCAUUUUGUCUGGGCCACAAGAAGGCCAGCAGUCCUGCAUCACUGCCUGAAGUGGCCCACAUCUGGAUGAUGUCUGGGAUGCUGACAUGAGAGGAUCAUGUGAUUCUUGCUGAUUUGUCAGGUGCGAUUUGAUGCUGGGAAUUUUCUCUUCUACCACAUCCCAAAGGUGUUCAAUUCAGAUGCGGUGACUGAGAAUGCCACUGAAGAACAUUGACCUCUUUAGCAUGUUCUUGAAACCAGUUUGAGAUGACUUGCUUUGUGACAUGGUGCAUUAUCAUGCUGGAGGUAGCCAUAAGUAGAUGGGUAAAUUGUAGCCAAGAAGAGAUGCACAUGGUCGGCAACAAUACUCAAAUCUCCCAGGAAAUCAACAGGUAUGGAUAUACUCAACCCAGCCCAAUUAUGCCACCGUCAAUAUCACGGAGAUCAUGUUUCCCUGAUCUGAUGGUUGAUGUGAACAUUACCUGAAGCUGCUGGCCUGUAUCUGCAUGAUUUUAUGUGCAGCAUUUCUGCCCCAUGAUUGGCUGAUUACAUAACUGCAUUAAUGAGUAGGUGUACAGGUGUUCCUAAUAAAGUGCUCAGUGAGUCUAGGUCCUGUUUAAUUACAGGAUUUAGAAAGAUUGAGAGAGUAUAAAGUAACAAGACAAGACCAAGCAAAAGAAGAGGAAUAGAAAAGAGCAGUGUAAUACAGGUUGGAGUGUUUUAGAGGAAAAAGGCAGAGAUACUAAAUGGAACUGAUGUCAUUUAAAUGUUCCUUACCAGGCAUGGAGCCUAAAUAUGGGUCAGCUGCUGGUACAGUUGUCCCUUGAAACUGCACAAUCUGAUGAAUGUAAAGCAAGCAGUAAUACAGUGUGGUGUGGUGUAGGAAUUAACAGGAAAAUACUUAUACAUGUUAUACCUGGACAGAUGGGAUGCAGUAAUAGUGGCCCUGCUGGGACAGGUUGUGGCAGUUAAAACUAUGAAAUAACAUUUGUGAAAGUAUGUAGUAUCCAAGAAAAGAAUUAAACAAAUAAAAACGAUUUUUUUCUUAAUGAUAGUUUUGAUAAUUCUUUGGAUGCUCUUGGUAUCUUCACUUGUAAUUUAACCUCUGGGUCUUUUUAGUGGGUGAUUUUCAGUCUGGCCAGCAGAGGGCGACAAACACCAGGAUACUUUCCCCUCCCCAGCACUUCCUUUACAAAUGAAUGUGAAGUGUAAUUUUGUGACCCAAAUAACUAGGUUACAUUAUUUCUACAGAGUUCAGAUGUGUGUAUUUGAAGCAUUUAUAUACAGUAUACACAAAUCAGCUACAGUCUGUAAUUGUGUGUGUGUGUGUGUGUGUGUAUAUAAUAUGAAUAUGACACACACAAAAAAUACUCAUAAACAUAGUAAUCUGUCUAAAGAAAUUUCCCACAAGACCAGCACUGAUCAUCAGCUUGAAACAUGCAUGUGGAAACUUUUGGGUCAUACACUAUAUGGCCAGAAGUAUGUGGACACCUGACCAUUACACCCAUAUGUGAGAACUGUCACCGCAAAGUUCUAAGCACUCUUUGUCUUUGUAUGCUUUUGGUAUUAAGAUUUCCAUUCACUGGAACUAAAGGACCCAAACCUGUUUCAUCAUGACGGUGCCCCUGUGCACAAAGCAAGGUCUAUGAAGAUAUGGUUUGCCAAGGUUGGAGUGGUCAGAUCCCUGACCUAAACCCUACUGAACACCUUUGGGAUGAACUGGAAUGCCAACUGCACCCCAGACUUCCUCAACUUGACAUCAGUGCCCAACAUCACUAAUGUGCUUGUGGUAGAAUGAGCACAAAUCCCCUCAGCCACACUC